UUCACGAACCUGAUCCAUCUGUAUGUCAAAAAGACAACUGGGGUGCACUGUUUUACUAAGCUAAACACAGGGAAAAAGGACAUAAAACAAAUUUAAGGUAGCCUAUUUAACAUGGCCAUUGUCAUGAUCAUGGAUGUUUUCCAGCUCCAAACGCUGAUUUUAGGCGUUCUUGUCUUGCUUGUAGGUGCCUUGCUUUAUCAGUUGAAGCAGACAAAUGGUCCUAAUGCAAAGAUCUGCACUGUGCCUCAAGCAGCAGGAGCAUGGCCUAUUGUUGGUCAUUUGCACCUCUUCGGGGCUAAGCAACUUACACACAAGACACUUGGGAUGAUGGCUGAAAAACAUGGACCAAUUUUCACAAUAAAACUUGGUUCGAACAAAGUUCUGGUGUUGAGUAGUUCGGAGAUGGCCAAAGAGUGUUUCACUGUCCAUGAUAAAGCAUUCUCCACCAGGCCAUGUAUUGCAGCAACAAAGCUAAUGACCUACAAUUCAGCAAUGUUUGGCUUCGCUGCUCAUGGACCCUAUUGGCGUGAGAUGAGGAAAUUUACCACUAUUGAGCUUCUCUCUAACCAAAGGCUUGAAUUGCUUAAGGAUACAAGAACAUCUGAGUUAGAGACUGCAACUAGGGAGGUAUACAAGUUAUGGUCAAGAGAAGGUUGUCCAAAGGAAGGAGUUUUGGUAGACAUGAAGCGGUGGUUUGGGGAUUUGACGAAUAAUAUUAUUCUGAGAAUGGUGGGAGGGAAGCCAUAUUAUGGGGCUAAUAGUGAUGCUUCUGCAGAAGGUGAAGCAGGAAGAUAUAAGAAAGCUAUGAGGGACUUUAUGAGUUUAUUUGGGGUGUUUGUAUUAUCCGAUUCAAUUCCACUUCUGGGGUGGAUAGAUAACAAUGGAUACAAAAAGGCUAUGAAGAGAACAGCCAGUGAAAUAGACACUUUGGUUGAAGGGUGGCUGGAAGAACACAAAAGAAAAAGAAACGCGAGUACAAAUGGAAAGGAAGAACAGGAUGUCAUGGAUGUUAUGCUUAAUGUUCAGCACGAUCUUAAGGUUUCUGGUUAUGAUUUAGACACCAUCAUCAAGGCUACUUGCCUGAAUCUGAUCUUGGCAGGAGGAGACAGCAUCAUGGUGGCUCUAACUUGGGCCCUGUCUCUGCUUCUAAACAAUGAAACGGAGCUUAAAAAAGCCCAAGAAGAAUUGGACACUCAGGUUGGGAAGGACAGGAAGGUUGAAGAAUCUGACAUAAAGAAGCUAGUGUACAUCCAAGCCAUUGUAAAGGAAACCAUGCGGCUGUAUCCACCAAGUCCUAUACUGACCCUUCGUGCAGCAAUGGAAGAGUGUACAUUUUCAUGCGGCUAUCAUGUUCCUGCCGGCACACAUUUGAUUGUGAAUACUUGGAAGAUCCAAAGAGAUGGUCGUGUCUGGCAUGAUCCUCAUGAUUUCAAACCUGAAAGGUUCUUGACAAGCCACAAAGACGUUGAUGUAAAGGGUCAGAACUCUGAGUACUUCCCUUUUGGUUCCGGAAGAAGAGCAUGUCCGGGGGCCCCACUGGCUCUGCGUGUUGUGCACUUGACCUUGGCUACACUCUUACACUCUUUCAAUGUUGCUUCGCCCUCAAAUCAAGCUGUAGACAUGACAGAGAGCAUUGGACUCACAAAUUUAAAAGCAACCCCACUUGAAGUUCUGCUAACUCCACGUUUAGAUUCAAAGCUUUACCAAGACUAGAUUUUAAUAAGGUUUAGUAACCUCAACUUGGGGCUAAUAAAAAGUUCAAUGAAGCUACUAUAUGUUGUUAUAAUAAUUCUGCACUUGUGGUUCACUUUCCCCAAGUUUUUCUAUGUCAUCCACGAACACGUUUACGCCCGAGAUCCUGGUUUCUAUCAUGAGUUUGAUUGUAUCUUCUAUCUACUCUUGGAUACUGAUGCUCUUGGAAGUGAAAUUGUAAUAGCAGGUUUAGUAGUAUAUAUACAAACAUCUACGUACUAAAGAUUUUCGAUAUC